AUGCGAUUCGCAAGCCUUUCGUUUUUCCUCUACUCUCUGUCCCUCGUGGCCGUCACGGCUGGUCAGAGCCAGGGAGCCACUGAUUCCGUCGCCGACGUGACUUCGGCGGCCUCUAUUCCCACGGCCUCACAAGCGACCACGACCUCGACGACCUCAACGACCUCGACGACCUCGACAACCUCGACAACCUCGUCAUCCCAGUCCACCGAGACUACUUCAUCUACCACCUCCCAGGGACCGACAAAGACAGAUCCCGCCGGCACAACGAAGUCGGAGGAAACCACCUCGUCCACUACGUCCAAGGACACCACCAACCCUCAAACUACACCAACGGCAUCUUCCACAAGCUCUACCAAGGAUACGACGCCGGACACCACCAAAUCCAGCGAAGGUACCUCCCCCACUGAUAGCAGCAACUCCAAUACCGCCGCGAGUGAGAGCGAGGUUGUGACGACGAUUACUUCCACCCGCACCAUCAACGGAACCCCAGUUCCAACCACCUACACCACGACUACUCCCAAGAGUGGCUCCUCCAGCGACUCUCCCAGCUUGAAUGGUUCGGCCUCCAAAGACUCCGGCUCUGGUCUCUCUUCAUCGCAGAAGAAGAUCAUCAUCGGUGUUGUGGUGGGUGUUGGUGGUGCUAUUGUGAUCGGUGCCAUCGCUGUGGUGGUCUGGAGAAUCCACGCCAGAAGAAAGGCGACCGACCACGAUGACGCCGCCGAUCUCAUGAGCGGCACCGCUGUUGGCAGUGGUGUGCGAGAGAAGGCUCCCAGCCCGGGUGCUGGCGGCACUCCAUUCAGAAGUACUCUCGAUCAGUACCACAACCCUGGGCCUGUCAACGCUGCGUCCAACUUUUAG